CUGCCCACAAUCAUAUCUUCUGUAUUUAUAACUGUUAGAUUGAUCUAUUUGUUUUACAUGGAAAACAUUUUAGAAGAACAAGUGUGUAAAUGACACUAGUUAGAGAGAGAAGGCACCAGCAGGGACUCCGUUUAUCCCUACCACCACCACUACCUGCAGCUGAUUUCCGGCAACGGACUCAUUACGCGGCGUUGCUGUCAGCCAUUGGUCCGACAUCUCCAGACAUCGAAAGCCUCUCCGACCUCGAGAAACUAUCUGUCAUUGGCCACGGCAAUGGUGGCACUGUGUACAAAGUCCGUAACCGUAAAAGCUCAUCCGUUUACGCUCUAAAAGUUCUACGUUUCGAUCAGAAUGCGGCCAUAAUACGGCGCCAAGCGGCGUGUGAAGCUGAAAUCCUGAAAAGGGUAGAUUCCCAAUUCGUCGUGAAAUGCCAUGCGGUGUUCGACGCCAUAGGAGGAGAGCUCUGUUUCGUUAUGGAGUACAUGGAGAGAGGCUCCUUGUACGAUGAACUCUCCGUCAGGGUGAAUUUGCCCGAAGAUGUUAUUUCCGGUGUUGCGCAAAGAGUUUUACGAGGGUUGCAUUAUCUGCAUGGGAUGCAAAUCGUGCAUGGCGAUAUAAAACCAUCGAAUCUACUGAUAAAUGGGAAAGGAGACGUGAAGAUUGCAGAUUUUGGAGUGAGCAAGAUUGUCGUAGGCACCCGUAACGCUUGCGACACGUGCAUGGGAACAUGCGCUUACAUGAGCCCAGAAAGGGUCGAUCCCGAGAGGUGGAACGGGUGCGACGCCGACGGUUUCGCCGGUGACGUUUGGUCGCUGGGCGUGGUGGUCUUAGAAUGUUUUGUGGGUCAUUAUCCGUUGAUUGGUCUAGGGGAAAAACCCGAUUGGGCGGCUUUGAUGUGUGCUAUAUGCUUCGGGGAGAGGUUGGAGAUGCCCGAGACGGCUUCGCCGGAGUUUAGGAGCUUUGUAAGGAGGUGUUUGGAGAAAGAAUGGAGAAAGAGAGGGACAGUGGAUGAGCUUCUUGGUCACCCUUUUGUGAAUAGGAGUUUUGGAGGAAGUUCUAAUGAAGGAUUCAUCGAUUUUGCUUUGCACCAUUGAGUUUCUUCAAUUUUGCUAGAAAAAAAAUUUUCUUUUCAAGCCUUUAGCUUUGAUCUCCAUCGUUAAUAGACCUUUGGGUUUCCAAUAUUUUGGUCGUACAGAUAAAUUCUGUUGUUGGAACUAGCUGGUUAAUAUUCAUGACAGAAUGGAAAGCUAAACCAGUGAGCUGCUGGCAAAUGAUUCCACUAACAGAGAAAAUGUGUUAGUAAAGGUGAGAGACCUGGUGUUCAACAUGAUCGAUGGGUUAUUUUUUGCCAUUAGGAUGUCUAAACUGAACUAAUCAAGCAGUUCUCAUAGUGUUGCUGCUGAUGAUACUUGGAUUUUCAUAAAAGUUAUUGGCUUUGCUGAAUCUAGAACAAGAUCUCAUUAACUAAUUUCAGCUUACUUCUAGCAACCAAGGCAAUAGCCUUGGUUUCCAACCGUGUUGAUGUUGAAAUCUUUGUUAGAUUUCCCAAAAAAACUCUGAUUAGUCUGUAUCUAAUAGAUCACUAGCUCUAGUUACAUCAGGGUGUUACUGGAUUUAUAUCACUUCUUUUUGUUGAGAAGGAUUCAUAUCAGAUUUGCACCCUGUAUGAUGAAAUUAUGUACAUAUAAAAUCAGACAGACCAAAUCCAAGUCAUUUUCUGAUUCCAGCCAAAACAGACAGAAGAACAAAUUGAUGGCAGCCCGUAGUCUAGCUGAACUCUAAAUGAAGAUGCACUGAUGGCACUGAUGAUUCCAGGCAUUCUUACUGCAAGGUGAAGCUGCGCUGAACUCAACAUUUUUACAGUCCAGAGAGUAGACCAACCAAUCACCAUUUUGGUGUUCUCCAACAUUGACAAACACCUGAGGCGGAUGCAUGCAUUCUCAGCUUCUUUGGCAUUAUCCUGAAGACAGAUUUAUCACUACCUUGCUAAUUUCUCUGACUAUGAAAGUUGAAAUUAAUGUAAA